AUGCAGACUCCAGCUUUCAGCUUGCCCAUUCAUUGCAUUAUAAUAAUCGCAAGCUUCCUUUGUUAUUGUAUGGCAAAAGCAAAGCGUCCCAAUAUCUGAUGAGUGCGCAUUCUUUCCUGAGCACCUAGAGUCGCUGUUUUGGAUUUUUGGGAAAAUAACUCCAUCAUAUUGAACGUUGGGAUAAAUCUUUGGGCAGUAUCCGUUAGAAGUUCCAUCUCCAGCGCACCUACAUGAUUCUGAGUCUACCUCUUCCGAAGUUGUAUCUGAUUUAUACACACAAGUGCUUCCAAUUGUGCAGCCCCAAAAUUAAGAUUAUUUUUAUAUGGCCAUGAGUAAAGUCAACAACUGAUCACUCGCACCUCAGCUCAAAAGCUGACUUCAGGUCAGGCUCUGAAGAGACCAUACUCCUGGCCUGCCGCCAUUUUGAUUUCUGGUCUGAGCCACCUGUCCAGAGGAUCAGCUCCUCUGGACAGAACCGCUUCUUGGGGAGCGCCCCGAUGGCCCUGAUGUGGAAACCCAUGUGGUAGGCAAAACCUGUCUAGCCAUCUGGCUAGGACAGUAAAACCUUCAGAGAGAAAUGCAACUUCCUUUUCAGCACGGCUUCCUCACCCCCAAAGGCCUACUCAAGAUAGGGGAUGAGGCCCUAUGUUUCAGCUUCAUCAGGGAUGGGUCCUACCAGCUCCAUAGGAGGUGCGUCUCGUAGUCCAAUUUCCGUCAACAUCACUAUUUUAUUACUCGCAGCCUCAAGGCAUCUCUACUUUAGUCCCACUGACAUAGACACUGACUGAAUCACAUACGCCACUUGAUGUUGCAUAAAAUGUCUUGCAGUAUUUUGGGUCUGAAACUGUAGUACCAACGUCAAAUGACCAAUAAGGAGUGCAGAUACCGUUAUUGCAGCCAGCUCCUGGCAAGCAUUGGUUGUCAAUUUUGCAGGUUUCAUUCAUUUGGGAUACUUUGGUGCAUUUAUAGCUGGACUCAGGGCAAAAGUGCAUAUAGUCGCAGUCUUCAUCAACUCUGCAGGCAUCGUCCUCAGCUAUUGCUUCACAAUGCCCACUGUCACAGUUUUGGCUAUAGCAAUCUUUGUCUUCACAGCAAGGGAGAUAAGUAGACAACGUUCCAUCACCUGGGCAAUCAAUGUCACUUUCACUAGUAGAGUCUGAGACACAAGUAGCGUUAUUCCAGCUUGAACUGUCUUUAAAUUGGUCUAG